AUGGCAACGGUCGCACCCAGUAUGGCGGCGCAUUCAAUCCUGCGUCACUGGGAGAUGUCGGACAUUAACCCGCAGGUAGUCGAGCAGGCUGCACAACCGCUCCUCGAGUCGCUGGGCAUCCCGUGCAAGAGCCGCGAUAUCUUUCAACUAUAUGAAGAUCGUGAACUCUGUGCGUCACCUGCACUCAUGGUCAUAUCCUGCGUCUGUCCGCCAUCGCAGGGCCGCGACUACCUCGACCCCUUGAUGCAGAAGUACCUCGGCUACGCAGUGGACAGGGCCGAGAGACGGCUCGUUUACGAGAAUAUGACAUUCGAGGCUGCAGUGGGUCAACUUCCGCAUGCGACGGUGAUCAGUAUCAGCCGACGGUCGGACAAGGUCAGAGUCAGCGGUACCCCCUCGACGACUGCCACUCUCGGCGCGAUCCCAGGGUACAAGCCGCAGCAGUGCGCGGAGGCAUCAGGAUCGGAGGCCACGCCGCUUGUGAACGGCCGCGACCUGAUUGUCAAGGUCGACGACAACGGACCGCUCGAAGCCUCUCACUACUUGGGGACCGACGGCAUCUUCAACCUUGUCAGAGCGUGCAGCUCCGCCACCAUACGCGGUUGGAAAAUUCUUUCGCAGCCGAUGGCGGUGGAGGACUACAAGGUUCAACAACUCAUGGACGGGUACUUGCGCAGCGUACAAGCUGGCGGUUCUGAUACAAUAUGGGACCAGGCAGUGGUUGCAACCAGUGUGCUUCACCCGCACGCCAACUACAACACGGGGAUCAUGUGGCUCUUCGCGACGGCAGGUACCGACAGCAAUCAAAGGGCUGCUUCCUGGAGUCGGUGGCUGCAAGUAUUGGACACUGUGUGUUUCACGGGGUUCGCCUUCUACGUCAUCAUACCAGGCAUUUUCGGGCUGUCUUUCUCCGCUAUCCAGUGGGCACUCAAGUGGGGCUUGGUCAACAGCAGGUGUUGA